AUGAAUACAACUGUUGAAUAUUCAAGCAAACUAUUUGAUGAGACUGAUGGCGAAGAGGAUAGCGAUAUCGAGACAAGUAAUAUCGAUGCGACUGAACGCAAUAAUAUGAGGAAAUUAAAGAAGAAAGAAAUCGCUUGUCCGCUCAUUUUGACUGGAGAUCAUGAACACCUGAUUAAUAUCUACGGAGUGGAUUCUCAAAUGAAUUUUGGUCUACAAGUAAUUGGAGCCGGACUUAUGCGUUCCGGAACAACUAGUCUGAAAUUCGCUUUGGAGUAUCUAUAUAAGAAACGAUGCUAUCAUAUGCGAGAAUUAGUACUUAAUAUUCGUGAACCACAUAUCAAAUUAUGGUUGUGGGCAAUAGAACAGGAUAGAGAGAAGAAGGAAAUACCUAGAGAAUUUUGGUCACAUAUCUACAAUGGUUUUGUGGCUGCAGUUGAUUAUCCAACUGCCGGGUUUUAUGAGCACUUGUCAAAGAUUUAUCCACAUUCAAAGAUUAUUUUAACUAUUCGUGAUCCAGAUGAUUGGGUUAAAAGCUGUCGCGCAACAACAUUGUCAGAGACAUUGUACAGAAAACCAUCACUUGGAGAUCGCAUUAUGAAUCGACUAGUUGGUUUGCAGAGUUUGCAUAAGUUGCAUUAUCGAAUGUUUCAACAGACUUUAGGAAGAUGUUUUUACAAAGCGACAGAUGAACAGUUGAAAAAUGUCUAUACUGAUUGGAAUGAAGAGGUUAUUAAAAGUAUUCCUUCUGAUCGUCUAUUAGUAUUCGACUCAAGUCAAGGUUGGAAACCAUUGUGUGAAUUCUUAGGCUUCCCUAUUCCACCAUCGGAUAUACCAUAUCCACAUUUAAACGAAAGAAGCACAAUGAUCCAGUCAAUUAAUAAACUACAACGUCCUGGUCGGUGGAUUAAUCGCUUUCUGUGCAUAUGUCGAUAUUUACUAAUACCGAUGUUCACUGGCAUUAUAUGCAUGCGUUACGGUGAGGCAAUUUAUGAGAUGGUGUUGUCAAUGAUCCCACUGCAUCGUCCACAUUUUUCUCAAAAAUUUGAUCAUUAAACCACCAUUGUACCUAUUUCACACUGAUCAAUAUUCUGCUACGUUAUUUGAAUCUAUUCGUUUAGAUUUGGUUCCAUUACAUUCUGUGACUGUCGAUGUGUAAUCAUAUGUAAUCAUAUUGAAAAAUAAAAUAUAUUGAAUACUUGACUAUGUUAUGAUUAAUACAUUCGAGGUAAUCGGUUGCGAUGUUCGUUCACCAGUGAAAGGGUCGAUUACCAUUAUACUUCAUUUGAGUUGUAUUUAUCCACACCAACUAGCAGAACAUCGAGAUUCCAAUGACUGACUUCAAUCGAUAAAGCUUUGAAUGCAAGCAACUACUAGAUAUUUUCUUCGAUUUGUUUUCAAUCUAUCCAAGGUCACUCUCUGAUUUACGUUGGGUCUGUACUUCAAC